AAUAACGACUUUUCAAAAAUUUCCUCAGGAAACCAUACCUGUGAGGCUGUGACACUCACCCUCUCUCUCUCUCUCAAAACAAAGGGUUCAUGCAAUCUUAAUCUCUUCUUACAAAACAUACUCAAUAACAAUGGAAAUCUUGGUAGAUGGUGUUCUAAAAGCAAGGAAAUUCCCCUUCAUUUUUUCCUUCUUCAUUCUCCUACUAUUCCUCCUUGUCUCCUUUUUAUUCUUGUCCAAUUCUCAGACUCAGAUCCCUGUCAGUUUCGAUCUUGCAGCGCCUCAAUCUUCGAUUAUUACAGAAUCCGCUUCUCUGUCGCCAGAGGCUCCUUUGAUUUCAUCAGCACCAGAGGUGGCUCUGCCUCUGCCUCCGCCUUCUUUUCAUAAAACUGAUAAAGGUGUUCCGGAAAAUGCUACUACUAAGGUGGCUGAUCUGAAAUGGAGCAAAUGCAUAGGUCCCGUGGCAGUUGAUUAUAUACCUUGCCUGGACAACUAUAAGCUCAUGAAGACAUUAAAAGGCAAAAGAAAAAUAGAGCGCAAGGAAAGACAUUGUCCUCAGCCCAGUCCUCGGUGUUUGGUUCCUCUUCCCCAAGGAUACAAAAUUCCAGUUUUGUGGCCCGAGAGUAGGGAUCGGGUCUGGUUUAACAAUGUUCCCCACCCUAAGCUUGUUGAGUUUAAGAAGGAUCAGCGCUGGGUACAAAAAGAUGGCGAUUAUCUCGUUUUUCCUGGAGGUGGCACCCAAUUUAAAGAUGGCGUUUCACACUACGUCGAUUAUAUAGAAAAGAGUUUACCUGCGAUUGGAUGGGGAAAACUUAGGAGAGUUGUACUAGAUGUCGGUUGUGGUGUUGCCAGCUUCGGCGGCUAUAUGCUAGACAGAGGGGUCAUUACAAUGUCAUUCGCUCCAAAAGAUGAACACGAGGCUCAAAUACAGUUUGCUCUAGAAAGGGGAAUCCCUGCUACUCUUGCAUUCAUUGGAACACAGAGGCUUACAUUUCCAGAUAAUGCCUUUGAUUUGAUUCACUGUUCUCGCUGCAGAGUUCACUGGCAUGGCAAUGGUGGAAAACCUUUAUUGGAACUCAACAGGAUUCUAAGACCCGGAGGAUAUUUUUUAUGGUCUGCUACACCAGUCUAUGAGGGUGAUGAAAAACAUAAGAAUGUCUGGGAUGCUAUGGUAGCUCUGACAGAAUCAAUUUGCUGGAAGGUAGUGGCCAAGGCAUUCUAUGAGAGUGGGAUUGGAGUAGUUAUAUAUCAGAAGCCUGUUACAUCUUCCUGCUACCAAAGACGAAAAGAAAAUAAACCGCCUAUGUGUGAUCAAAACAGGUGGAGCAGCAUCUCAUGGUAUGCACCUCUUGAUGAUUGUAUUUCCCCACUUCCAGAGCCAAGACAGGGUGACACAUACAGAUGGCCAGUGCCAUGGCCUGAAAGACUUAACAGCAAACCAGUAAGCCUGUCAAGUGAAACAGAUGCUGAAAUGUAUUAUGAUGACACGAAACGUUGGUCAGAGCUAGUGGCUGGUGUGUAUCGCCAAGAAUUUCCUAUAAACUGGUCUAGUGUGAGGAAUGUAAUGGACAUGAAUGCUGGCUACGGAGGAUUUGCUGCUGCACUCAUUGAUCUACCUCUAUGGGUAAUGAAUGUGAUACCUGUUCAUGAGCCAGACACUUUACCUGUGAUUUUUGAUAGAGGACUCAUUGGAAUAUAUCAUGACUGGUGCGAGUCACUAAGUACAUAUCCACGAAGUUAUGACCUGUUGCAUGCUAGUUCACUCUUUGAAAAUUUAAGGCUAAGAUGUGAAAUAACAGACGUAGCAAUUGAGAUGGAUCGCAUAUUGAGGCCAGGUGGAUUUCUCCUAGUAAAAGACACCAUGGCAGUGACUAACAAGCUUACUCCAAUUUUGCGUUCACUUCACUGGUCAAUAACUUUGCAACGUGAGCAAUUCCUUAUUGCCACUAAAGGGUUUUGGCGGCCACAAUGAUGAUUGGCGUAGGGAUAAGUUUAACUAAGAUAUAUAAUCUUGUAUUGUUAAUAUAUUUACUAAUUUUCAUUGUAAAGGUAUUAAUGCCUAGCUUUAUGUAGUUAUCUAAAAUUAAGGUGUAAGAAAUAGCAGUACAGGAACUAAUAUAUAUAAUCUUGUAUUCUUAAUAUAUUCACUUAAUCUGCAAAGUACA